AUGUUCACUGAAGAAGAGUUGAAAGGGAUGGAUAGCUUCAAAAGAGGUUCUGAUUUCAUUGAGGUUAAGUGUGGCUGCACAAGCAAGAAAUAUGGUGAUACCAUUGGGAAGCUUAGGGUUUUUACCAAUGGCCAAUUUCUGAUAUCCUGCGAAUGCACAUCGACUUGUGAUGGAGAGAGACUGACUCCCAAUGAUUUCGAAAAGCACUCUGGAAGGGAAGGAACCAGGAAAUGGAAGAAACACAUUUGGGUGUUCAUGAAAAAUAAGAAGGUUCCUUUAUGGAGAACUGUUCUCCUGAAAUAUUACAAACAUGCAUCAAAUGGAGCAAAUGGGCUUAGCACCAUGCAGUCUAAACGCCUUGUUCAUCGUGAUGAGUUCAUUUGUUGUUCAAGAUGCAACAAAGAACGCAGGUUUCGUCUCCGGACUGCAGAGGAAUGCAGAAUUUACCAUGAUGCUUUAAAUGCAAGAAGGUGGAGGUGUGAUAACUGGCCAUAUGACAACAUCACCUGCAAAGAUGCUGAAGAGCGAGCAAGUAGGAAAAACUGCAGAGGCUGUCCUCGAUCUCCGACCUGCAAAGGUUGCACAACUUGUGUGUGUUUUGGGUGCCUCAAGUGUCGCUUUGUGGAUUGCAAGUGUCGCACUUGCGUUGAUUUCAUGCAAAAUGCUGAACCUUGAGCUAGGAACUACACUUCCUAUCUGUGCUACAAUGCUCCAACUCUCAUUUCACCAGCAAGAAAAGGAAAAAUAUGAUCGAUUAGACUUCUCUGAACUGAAGUUAUGUUAAAAUAAUGU